UACGGAAGCACAGAGAGAGAGGGAGAGAGACCCUUCGUUUCGCUUUUGAGGCUUUGCGAGAUCGAGAAGGUGAAAAUGGCUAAGCUACAAGGCAUCAUCAUCGUUGUUCUGGCUAUUAUCUCGGCGACGGUGAGCCUCGGUGGCAAACCCGUCGGAGCUCUGGUUCGCCAUGUCGUUGGAGGUGACCGUGGCUGGGAUCCGGCUUCCGACAUCGCCUCCUGGUCUUCCGGCAAAACAUUCAGAGUCGGCGAUGAAAUCUGGUUUACCUACUCUGUGGCGCAGGGAUUAGUAGCUGAGCUGCAAAGCAAGGAAGAAUAUGAGUCGUGCAUUUUCACAAACCCUAUCAAGAUGUACACGGACGGUUUACACACAAUCCCGCUCGAAAAGGAAGGAAUCAAGUACUUCGCAAGCACCGACGUCGAGAACUGCAAGAACGGGCUGAAGCUCCACGUGGACGUUCUUCCUACAGCCACCGAAAAUUCCACAACCACGAUUACCACCGCUGCUCCCAAAAAAGGCGUAGCUGAUGCGCCCUCUUCACCUUCUGGAUCAGCCCAUUACGGUACGAGUUCUAUCCUGAUGCUGAUCGUUCUAAUGCUUUAUGUCACCAUGGGCGUCGCUUAUUAAUUAAUGAAAAGCCCCUUUAUUUGACAUCUUGAUGCGAUCGCUGCUUCAAGAACAAUUAGGAGUUUUGAGAAAGUGGGAUUUAGUGCAUACGUGGCAACUUCCUAGAGAGGAUUUUGGUCUCUGCUUGUUGUGAUGUGACUCUCUGUCUAGGUAUUGUGAAAUUGCUUAACCUCAGGUUAUUACUGUUUGGAGAUUUAUGUAAUUGCAAUUGAAUAACGAUGAAACUAUUUUGCUAUUAUAUUUAAACUAUAUUUGAAUUAGGUUAUUA